AUGUCACAAGAGCAAAAGAGACGAGAACUACAACAGAAAGAACAAAAGGCAUCGAGUGAAGAGCUUCAAACACUGAAAACUCUUUUCGAUAAAUUUGACUCCAAUCACGAUGGAAGAUUGGAUAAGAACGAACUGAAAGAAUUGAUGAAAAGUAUGGAUGAAAUUAUGACCAGUGAAGAUAUUGAGGAAAUGAUCAAACAAGCCGAUUGGGAUGAAGAUGGUCUCAUUAAUUUUGAAGAAUUUAAAUAUCAAAUGUUGGAUUAG